UGCUCAGGCAGUAGCAUCCUUGCUGACUGAGGACAGGGCUUGCAGGGUCUUGGACAGAUGAAGGCCUUGGCAAACCCGGCCUUGCUGCUUGGGGGGCCGGCACCAGCUGCCAAGAAUGACUCGGUGCUCUGCUAUUAAUCCUAUAGUUGCCACCCCCCCCAGCUGAUCAGUGACUUGCUUGGCUUGGAUUAGUAGCUCUUAGUCCUAAAUUGCUUCCUACAGGGAACCAGGCCAUGUCAGUGUCACUGAUGUUACAGUUGUACCAAAAUUUGCACUCUUGCUUUGCAGCUUCAGCGUGGGUACAAUUGGCAAGGUGCCCCGGAGAUUGAAGCACCGGGCUGAUCUGAGGGGUUGUGGACAGGGUGACAGACAUGAGGUGCUACUUGUGAUGUACUGCUCUUUUGUGUUCCUGGAAGGCUUCAGCUAUCAAUCAGUAACGUGGGAGGUUUAAGCCUACUCAACAUUGUGAACAAUUUGGGGAAUGCAUCAUGUUCUGGCUUUUUGUAUAGCUCGUACUGCAGUUAAUUGCACGACAGGGCUUUCUAUGCACAUGUCAAAACAACGAAAGCAAUAAGGCCACCGGAACAUAAAAUAUUACAAAAGACAAAACCAUCUGCCAUCCUGUCCCAGUUCUGCUGGAGGAAAAUCCUGCCCCUGGCAGGCAGCAAAAGGCAGCCUGGAUCUUUAAGGGCAGCAGUGCCCGGUGCAAUCGUUCCUGGGAACUUUGGAGCAAGCCAGCCCAGAAAGCCUGCGGCUCCUGGCAUAGAGGCAAAAUGAACAUUCAAGAGUAUUUCGCAAGAAUUUCUUACGAUGGCUCCCGUAAGGAUGCAGACUUGCAAACUUUAACAGUCAUCUUCCAGCAUCACAUCCAGGCAAUUCCUUUUGAAAACCUCAGCAUGCAUUGUGGGGAGACCAUUGACCUGGAUUUACAAUCUAUUUACAAUAAGAUUGUGAGAAAGAAACGUGGUGGAUGGUGCCUGGAAAGCAACUACCUUUUAUUUUGGGCCUUGCAAGAAAUAGGGUAUGAUGUUUGUAUUCUUGGAGGAAAUAGUUAUGACCCAGCAGAGAAGGCAUACACUGCUCACAUAAAUCAUAUCCUGCUGAAGGUGGAGAUCAAGGGAAGCUCCUACAUUGUAGAUGCUGGCUUUGGUGGUGCCUAUCAGGCAUGGCAGCCAGUGAUGCUGAUUUCUGGGAAGGAUCAACCCCAGAUCCCUGGCAUCUUCCGCUUCAGGGAAGACAACGGCAUCUGGUACUUUGAGAAAGUUAAAAGGAAGCAUUAUAUUCCUGAGGAAACUGUCCUUCCCACUGAUGCAACAAACACGGGCAAUAUCAGAAAACUAUAUUCGUUCACUCUUAAGCCCUGCCAUAUAGAUGACUUCCAGGAGCUAAACAAAUACCUACAAGUGUCUCCAGAUAACAUACUUCGGAAGAAGUCAAUCUGCACUCUCCAGACCACUGAAGGGAUUUACGCCUUAGUUGGGUGGACCUUCACUGAGAUGAAGUACAACUACAUGGAGGACACAGACCUCCUGCAGAUCACAACUCUUACAGAUGAAGAAGUUGAGAAGACACUGAAAGACAAAUUCAAUAUAGUGCUAGAGAACAAACUGGAACCAGUGAACAUUCGUGGCUUGCCACCUAAUUUGGUGGAUAUGAUCUAAUUUUAAAUGCUGCUAGAUGAGUCUUUAAACACCCAAUAUAGAACUUCUAAAAUUAACAUUAGUAGAAUUAAUCUGAUUCUAAAGUUGAGCUAAUCAGAUGAACACAAAGCUUGGUAAAUUCAAGUAUAUUGUUAAUGAACUGCCUAUACUGAUUUUGUAUUUUUUCUUAAACUUCUUUAGAAACUGAAACAUCUUACUACCUUUAAUCUUCUCAUAUGGAAAUUGCAUUUUGUCUCCCUUAAAUUUUGUUCCACCUCUCUGGAACUCAUUUGCCACAAAGAGAGAAAAAAAAAAAAAAAAAAAAAAGCUGCAUUACCAUUUUACACAAUAGAUCUGUAACAUUUUUUGAUAUUAUUUCCAAUCUUCCCAACACAGUUUUACAAAUUAUUCAGUUUCUUUAACAGUCUGAAAUAGAGACUAGAGCAACUCAAGCUGACAUCAAAGACUUCCUAAAAAUAAAAAGGUUAAGACUUUCUCAAAACAAGGUACUAUUAGAUACUGAUUAACUGCUGAUGAAAUAACUUGAAAGACUUGAGUCCUGUUCCCUUACUAGAAAUUGGCUUGAAGUCAGCUAUUUAUGCAAGGGCACUUAAAAACAAACAAACACAUAAACAAAAACAAAUCCAAACUCUCCAGUCCUGAGUGCCCAAUUUUAGCUCCUUUCAGCAUGAUUUUUCUGUGCCUCUGAAAUUGAAAUAGAAUCAAUAGGAGCUGAGAUGCUUCAACAGUUCUUAAAAAUCAGGCUUUUUGUAUCAGAAGUUGAAACAAUCAAAAUUAGAUCAACCUUUGAAAAAUAUAACCUAAACUUUUACGGCCUAGCUCUUCUUGACAACUUGACAUCAAACAGGCAUGACAGUAUUAUCACUAAACUGCUUUAUUUUUAUUACAAGUAGUUUUCUGCACAAAAGCUACAUUAAAGAAGAAAUCCUGGAGAUGCAAAAGAGAGCACUAGGAAGUUAGGACAUGCCAGCUGCAUGGUUUCACAGCACGUUGGGUGUAACAUGACAGACUUUUUACGUAUAUGAGGCUGAGUCUUGUGGAAAGUACUACACAGAAGGCGUAAUGAGAGGGUGACAGAACAACAUCGGUCCUCAGCCAGGA